CAUUUGUGUGCGUGCCGUUGCAGGUAUCGCUACGGACUUCAGUCCCCAUCGGGCAGUCGACGACGCGCGUUGUGUCGACGCUCCUCUCUUCGAACGAAAGCGUUCGACGAAAAUCAUUUUCGCGAUCGAAGAAAAUUAUCGAAAAUUUUUUCAUUCGUUGGAUUUUUGGAAACUGUGAAAAGAAUUGUGUGUUUUGUGAAUUUUGGAUGCUCAGUGGAUCGAGUGUCGACAGUUUUUAUUGGUUUUUGUGAAUGAAUGUACAGGUGUGAACUCGUGAAUGGUUAUCGUUUUUGUGGGAUUUAGAAGCAAAAUCCUGUUCAAAACAAUAGGAACAAAGGAUGAAUCUGCAAAUGUAAUCCACCGGUAUGUAGUGUAAUCACGAAACCCAAAAGUGACAAGUGCCAGUGCAGUGCAGUGUAGUGAGCGAUAUGCUAGAGUGAGUCGGGCCAGUCGGGGCCAAACCAGGCCACUUAGGCCAUGACCAGGCCGAGGCUCAAAUGCGCCGCUUGGGCCUGGCUGGCGGUCCUUGCGGCCUUCGGCAGAACCACCGCUUAUACUGAUACUGAGGAGUUCUUGAGUGAUCUGGAUAAACCAGUGCCAACAUCAGACGUUCAAGGAGUGUUGGGGAAGAAGGCGUCACUGCCGUGCGACAUCCAGCCUCUUCACUCAGACGACGACGUGGUGAUGGUGCUGUGGUUCAAGGAGUCGGAUGGUGAUCAGCCUUUGUACAGCUACGACAUCAGAGGCCGUUCCAUCAACCAGCCGAAGCUGUGGUCUUCCCCCACGGUCUUCGGGAACCGCGCCUUCUUCCGCGGCAGCGCCACCCCAGCAGUCCUCAUGGUGGACAAUGUGAUAGCCAGUGAUGCUGGCGUGUAUAGAUGCAGGGUAGACUUCAAGAAUUCGCCUACUAGGAACCUCAAAGUUAAUUUUACUGUUAUUAUCCCACCAAAUCGUCCAACAAUAUUCGACGCAAAAAGAAGAGAUAGAACGAAACUAGUGGAGCCUUACAACGAAGGCUCCAAUGUCCUCCUCAUUUGUGAAGUGGAAGGAGGUAAACCAAGGCCACGGGUAACGUGGUACUUAGAAAAUGUGGUGAUAGAUGAUUCCUUCGAUCAGCGUCCUGACGGCGUGACGGUGAACACGCUGACCUUCCCCAACGUGGGGCGACAGCAUCUGAACGCCAGGCUCGUCUGCCAGGCCUCCAAUACCAACUUAGCGCAGCCGGAGACCAAAGUCUUAAUAUUAGAUAUUAAUUUGAAGCCAAUUACGGUGAAUAUAUUGACUAAGGAGAAGCAGGUAUCAGCAGAUAAAAGGUACGAAGUGGAAUGUAAGACUACAGGUUCGAGACCUGAGGCUUACGUCACGUGGUGGAAGAAUAACAGACAAUUGAAGAGGAUGGCGAAAAAUUUUUCCGAGAACAACGAAACACUGAGCGUGUUGAGCUUAGUGCCAAGCGUCGAGGAUGAUGGCAAAUAUUUGACGUGCCGAGCUGAAAACAAACAUAUACAGGACUCCGCGAUUGAGGACAAAUGGAGGCUCAAUGUUCACUAUGUCCCCAUAGUGGACCUGAAGAUGGGUUCGAACCUAAACCCUGAUGAGAUUAAGGAAGGCGACGACGUCUACUUCGAGUGCACUGUCAAGGCUAAUCCCAAGACGCAUCGCCUGGUCUGGUUUCAUGAUAACUCAGAAAUCUUCCACAACGAGGCCGCAGGCAUCAUCCUGAGCGCACAGAGCUUGGUCCUACAGAGUGUGACGCGGGCAGCGGCGGGGGACUACACCUGUAUGGCGGCCAACAGUGAGGGGAAGGGGACUAGCAACCCUGUUACAUUGUUGGUUAGAUAUGCCCCAGUGUGCGCAGAGAGAAGGGACGGUGAACUCUUCGGGGCACUGAAACAAGAAACAGUCAGUCUACACUGUUCCGUGGAUGCCAACCCUGCUCUCGUCUCCUUUCAUUGGACCUUCAACAAUUCUGGAGAGCAGACCGAAUUGCCGCCUAAGUUAUACAGCAGUCACGGCCAUACUUCUACCCUCAACUACACUCCAACCACAGACAUGGAAUACGGUACUUUAGCCUGCUACGGAGAAAACGCAGUGGGCCAGCAGAAAGUACCGUGUCUAUUCCAAUUGGUGGCUGCAGGUCGUCCAUUCCACCUGCAAAACUGCUCAGUAGCCAACCAGAGCAUCGACUCCUUGAACGUGGAGUGCGUUGAGAACUUCGACGGUGGACUGCCACAAACAUUCCUCAUGGAACUGCUGGAAUUACCGUCUCUUAUUGUCCGCUACAACGUAUCAACGAACCGAACCCCUCCGUACUUCGAGAUCCGAGGUCUUCCACCAGGAGUGAGCUACAGGAUUGACCUGUAUGCUGUCAACGCUAAGGGAAGGAGUGACGUGUCUACCAUAGAAACUGUCACGUUGAAAGGACAGGCUAAGUUUACUGGUGAAGGCAGUGCACUAGGCAUGUCUCCGGUGCUGGCAUCCAUAGCGGCCAUGUCGGCCCUGCUCGCGACCGCCGUGUGCGGCGUGCUCGCGGUGCUGUACAAGCGGCACGCGGCACGACAUCGACAUUUACCGGCUAAACAUGCACCACUGAGUGAAGCCAUGUACGUAGAACGCGCACCCCACUGUCCGACUCCCGUCAAACAAGAAGUGGAAUCCCGCGCCAGCAGUACUGAGCCUCGCGACAGAGGCGAGCGAGGGGAGCGAGCGGCGCGGGGGGCGUUACUGCACACCGAUCCCAGAGACGCCGAUGAUGCAGACCCGGAUAUUAUACCCAGUUUAUAUGAGCGAAGGCCAGUAUCAAACGGGUACAUGAGCCUGCAACGGCCGCCAUCUUCGGGGAAGAUCACCAAACUGAGCGGAGAGGACGUGAGGUCUGAACCCGACGGCGGCGCCUAUUACACAGACUAUAGGAAAAAGGAUUAUAGGAUACCUUUAACUAGUUCGUACCAUAGUUUAGGUCGCGUCAACAAAGGCGUGAACGCAUGCAGUCCGAGCUCCGCCACCGGAGUGACUUCGUCUCUAACUGCGCACCGACUUCGACCCGAAGUCGUCACGACUUCGCAUCGGGUACAAGAGAGUUGUAUAUAAACAAACAACCCAUCCUGUGUACAUAGCCUUUAUACUAAGUAACGACAUAAGAAUAAGUAAUUUGUAUAGAAGUGACAGCCAGACACUUUAAUGCCUACUUUUUAUUCUGCUCUAAAAAGACACAUUUCUAUGAAUGUAGUUUGUACAACUCUAAAAACUACACUUUUAAGCCUACAGUUUGUUUUCAUCUGAAAAGAUUUAGACAGUAAAAACUUUCACAGAUAGAGAGAUGGAUUAGUUUAACAGCCUAAACUUUGUAGACUUUCAGACUAAUUUUAUUUAGGUUUGAUUAAAGUAGAAAUGUUAGUUUCCAAAACAUUUUCGAGAAAACAACUAGAAAAACUCGGUGUCUAUUUGACCUGUCAAUAGGUAAUGGUUGGCAUGAGGUAGGAAAAAAAAAAUCUAUUAUUUAUUUAAAUAUGGGAGUGUCGCUUCUACACGAUUUAAUUAUUCUUAUGAUAUUGACUGUGUUCCUUUAAAGUCUAAUGAAACGAGAUUUUUGUAAAAGAUUUAUGAAUUUUGAAUUGUAUGUUUGUAUGUGAUACGCUUAGUAUGCCGUCGGUCGGUUUUAAUGUAAAUACUAGUUAAUUAAGUUAAGGCGGCUUCUAUUUUAUUCGUCCCUUCCCUUCAUUUAAUUUGUGGAUUUCGGACUACUAGGGAAUAUUCUAGACUUUCUGAUUUUGUAAUUUUAUACCUUGUUAGUGUGUUUAAAUUUAAAAUUAACUCCAAAAGUUAAAUACCACUUAUAAAGCCUACAUUUUAAGAGAACUCAUUACUCAUUAGAGUCACAAUUUAAUUUGAGAGUUAAAUGGAGAAAUUAUUUAUAAGUGGUAUAUUAAAUUAAAAUAUCAAUAAAACAUCAAUUCUGAAUUUGAUAUGAAUUGUAAAAAAACAUGCUAGUUCUGGCAAUUAUGUAGUCUUAUCGUUACUAGUUUUUUUGUCUUUUCUUAACUUUAAUUAUAAUUUUGUACCAAUAUACUUGUUUGAUAAACACUAUUAAACCAUGUGUUCGAAUCAUACUUGUGAAAUAUUUUGAAAUAACAAUAAUAGUAAGUGUCCACACUAAGUACAUGUUAAGUAAACUAAUUUUAACAAGUCAUCGAAAACCUUUUAACAGUUUAACGAUUCAAUAAACCAAUACUAAAAAUGUUAACAAAAGUGACAAAAUAGUGUCAUAUUUGUGACGAAAAGUAUUAAGUGCUGUGACGAUUUUGUGACUAAACGGGAAGAUUUAGAGCAAACAUUUGUCAACAAAGUGAAGUAUGAUUGAUUCCUGGAAAGUGUAUCUUUAGUUGUUUUUUUUUGAGUCAGUUUAUAAGUGAAGCGGUGUGGGCUAGGAGAGCAGCGAUUAAAUCUUCUUCGGCAUCUUCUUCAGCGAUGCCGAAGAAGAUUUAACCAGAAUCACAAUCAGGUUUUUCAAAAAAAUCUUCUAUGUUAUUGCAAUUUAAACGGGUAAUUGCAACACUUGGCAGAUGUAAAAGGGUAAUGUUAUAUAUGUUUGUAAGUUCUGUUAAUCGUUACCGUUACUUAUGAGAAUUUAGCAGGAAUAAACUAGAAAAAAAUUGCAGAAAUAAACUAGAAAAAAAGCAUAGGUUAUAUUUUAAAAUUUCAAAAUACUUUUUCACAUGUUUGGUAUGCCCCAGGUUAACUACUUAUAGCUUAUGUUUUGGUAAAAAUUGGUGAGAAACAACUCUUUAGAAGAGUAAAACGGUACUUAUUUAUCCCUACCCGUUCCGCUCAUGCACCCGCCAACUUUGUACCCCCACCACACACGCCAGGCCACACGCGACGUAUCGUUAACUCGAACGACAACAUUUAUCCACAGUUCACGCACCGACAGUUAUUUAACUCUGUUAAGUCGCUGUAAAUUGCUCCCAACUGGCAACACUGUGUCUAUGUCUUAGAACGCGUAACUAGCUGGAGUCGCCUUGAGAACAUUUCUAUGAGAAGUUGAUUUAAACGUGGGAGGAGAGGCAGCGCAACGAAUAGUGAUAGCUCUUUCAUGCAUUUUCGAUCACACUGAAAUUACGCAAGCACACGACAAAAUUGUCAAAUACAAAUAUAAACUUGUUUUAUCAAAAAAAUCAUACAUUGUAUCCACUUUGUCUAAAAACCUUACGAAACUACCAAAACAAUAAGACCACACUUAACAGUGCAUACCGAAUUAGUAGUAUUUCAUUGCCUCUAAAAAACUUGCUUAAAGCGGGUCGUACAGCCAUGUCAUUGGUUGAUAUUACGUACGAGGGAGCGAGAUCAACGGGGCGCUCUCCUACCUUUAGCAGAGUGGAAGGCAUGACAACAACGCUUCCAGUUGUUUAAAUUAUCUAAGAUGUAUGCGCUAGAGUCACGCUUGACAAGAUAACGAGUUGUCUUGCGGCGUCACUUUCAUGGUGGUGAUGUGUGAUUCUAAUGUGGUAAGACUUCGAUAUGAAGUGAUGGUCAAGGAUUGAUAGGUUAGUUAAAUGUAAUUGAAAUAUGGAAAUGAAUAUAAUAUUUCACAUUUGUAUGCACGCCAUAUUCCCAUUUCUUAUCUUUUAUGCUCCGUUAAUUUUUACACUUAGAUCGAGUCUGUCUUCCUUUCAAAUUAAAUGUACAAAACUUUCUUGUUUUGUAAAUUAAUUAAAGGGACUAUACCUAUUGGAAACCACGUAACUAAUUUUCAAAAUAUUCAGCUAUCGACAAUGAUUCCAAUGUUAGUUUUUUUUUUUUCUACAAUCUUCUGACUUUUUUGUAAAUAUUUUUUAUUUAUAUUGCUUAGCAACAGAACAGACAGCAUAAUUGCCAUUUCUAGAACAUACAUGUAAACUUGUUUCAGUGUAUAAUUAGUUAACAGUGUGCUCAGUGUAAAAUAACGCUCUAAUCAGAACUAACAAGUGAAGUACUGUUAGAUAAAUUAUUUUUGUAACCAAAUAUAUGCUCGGUGUAAUUGAGUUUGUGUGUAAAGGCGAUACUCUAUUCAAAGCUAUACUUUUUAAUGCUUAAACUUUUUAUUUAAAUGUAUGGUUAAACAAAGUUACUUUUGUCAAAUAUUUUUAUUAGUUGGGAAUGUGUACCUAUGUAGACAAAUAAAAAUUCAAUUCUGAAGGAAACUACUUUCAAUGUGGAAAAUAAAAACCUAAAAAAAAUGUAGCUUAUUAUAGCUACAUUCCAUAAAUAUGAAAUGGAUGAUAUAAGUGGAUUAUUUUGUAAGGUUUCUGAGGUUUUGAUAGUUAAAAAACCCAUUUGAAUUAAAAGUUGUUUUAAUAAUUACUAUUAAAGGAAUGACAAUGUUCAUAUAUACUAUUUUAGCAUAAAUCGCUUACAUAUUUCAAAGCUAUAAAAAUAUAAAGGAAAAAAAUAUAGCUUUAACUGGAGUGUCGCCAUAAAAGUGUAAUUUCAUCUGCUCAACAUAAUCAAAUGUAUUUGUACUAACGAAUCGUGUUUGUGAACUAAACUGUUAGCAUUAAGUUGUUUAAUGUUUUGCUUCAAACAAUAAGAAUUUGUUGUGUCUCAAGAGAUUGUUAAGCGGAAUAAACUUUUAUGUUUGUGUGUGUUGCUGUUUUGUAGUAUUCUACAAAAAAACAUAGGAAUGUUUGAUUAUAAUUUCUUCAAUGCAUUAAAAAAAUAACGUGCACGUUCCUGUGAAUAUUUCUAAAAGUAUAGCAAUUUAUCUCAAUAAUUCGGAUAAAAUUCCCUUAAAAGAUCCAAGAACCUUUUUACGAUUUAUUAAAGUUAUACAAAUAUUAUGACACGUUAAGUCAUAAUAAUCAAAAUCUUUAACUCCAAACAAACUACACACAACCAUUCGUACCCCCCAAAAUAAAACAGACCGUCGUACCACAAAAACCUUUAAACGUCAGUCUAACACUUGUCUAAAAAAAAUGACAAAUUAUGACGUUGAAAUAAGGUUCAUUUAGUAGCCACACUUUUUUUAGACAAGUGUUUGACACAUGUUUAAGUUUUUGUAGUAAGACCAAUUUCUCACGCCCAUGUCCUAGGUCAAGCCACGCUAGCAAUGCACCCGUGCAUUCGACGGCUGCAGAUAAUACCUACUGCACUUUAUUUUAAUAGAGCGAACACGCGUCGUAACGGAAAACUGCGCGCCGCAGUGGGGAAGGCGGUUUAUGUCGUCAAAUCGAUACUUUGGUUUUUUUUUGAGGAGGUUGAGGUUGUAUUGAAAUAAAGUUUUUGGCUUCCUUAAAUGUUUUGUUGGAUCUUUUCUUUACUAGUAUAAUAGAUACGCAAGUGAUUCUGUCUGUAAGUCAAUUUGACGCCAAAAUUACAAAACCGAUUUACUCAACUUUAGCACAUUGUUAUACAAGCCUGAGAAAGGACAUAAGUAAGUUACUUUGUAUCCAGGCGUGGGAAGUAGUGAAACCACCAGAAAAUUAUAACGAAAUACUGCAUUACAAAACAGCAACACAUUCAAUAAGCAUCUUCCACGUAUCAAAACUAUAUUUUGAACUCCAUUGCGUCUUCUAAACGAAUCUUCCUGAAUUUCUGUACAUAGCAAGCAAUGGAUUCCACACAACCUCGUUCCUUGUACUUUUAGUACCCGCGUCCAUUUUAAAACAGUUUUGUAAUUAUGUAAAAUUGUAAAUAAAAUUAAUCUUAAGUAACGAAAUUAUAAAAUCUAGUCUAAUUUAGUACUAACGGUGCUAAGUAUUGUACAUUAUUAAUUAAUUGGUAACAAAAAUAUAGGUUAUUGUCAAUUGCCGACCUCAUACUAAGUAUGGGACUUUAAAUAUUGUUAAAAACAUUGUUUCUUGUAAAUGUUUCCAAAUAAAUACAAUGUCAAGCAUUUAUCAA